AUGCACUCGCUAUCCAUCUUCAUUUUCGGAUUCACAGCUGUUCGAACUGUUUUCGGAACACCUAUUCCAAGACUUCCUACAUCCAGCGGAAAUAUUACAGCAUACAGUAACAAUGUCCAUAUUGAAUCCCAUCUAUCGAAACGAUCUUCAGGUUCUAAUGAAAUCGUUGAGUGUCCGGAAGGUUUUGCUCCGAGGGAUGGAACCAAAAUAGUCACCUGUGUUUCUAUCCAUCUCAAACUGGAGAUGCAUGACUGA